CCACCAAUCACAAGUGGAGUUUCCACUCCCGUCCCGCCCCUUAUCCAGCCGCUCGCCAGUCCGGGAGCGGAUCCAAUCCGGACUCUAUUUCCCAGAAGGCCUCGGGGCCUCUGAAGCGACCUGUCUGGUCCUCAGCGUCUUGGCGGCCGGUGGUGGAGCAAGAGCUGCGAGUCCGUCCGUGGCGCUGCCUGCGCGUUUACCUGAGUCUCCGCUGGAACUCCUCUCACCAGCGCACCUCAUUCCGACCCUAUCCCGGUGGAGAGCGGCGCCAACCCGAGCCUUGCCUCUGAUUAGGCGUCCGCCAAAGCCGGCACGCCCCUUCACAUCUCGCGACUCGGCAACGAGCCGUUAGGGCUGCCGUCGCCCCGUCGCCAUGGCGCCCACCAUUCAGACCCAGGCCCAGCGGGAGGAUGGCCACAGGCCCAAUUCCCACCGGACUCUACCUGAGAGGUCUGGAGUGGUCUGCCGAGUCAAGUACUGCAAUAGCCUUCCUGACAUCCCUUUUGACCCCAAGUUCAUCACCUAUCCCUUCGACCAGAACAGGUUCGUCCAGUACAAGGCAACUUCCUUGGAAAAACAGCACAAACAUGACCUCCUGACUGAGCCAGACCUGGGGGUCACCAUCGACCUCAUCAACCCUGACACCUACCGCAUCGAUCCCAAUGUACUCCUAGAUCCAGCUGAUGAGAAGCUUUUGGAAGAAGAGAUUCAAGCUCCCACCAGCUCCAAGAGAUCCCAGCAGCAUGCAAAGGUGGUGCCGUGGAUGAGGAAGACAGAGUACAUCUCCACUGAGUUCAACCGUUAUGGCAUCUCCAAUGAGAAGCCUGAGGUCAAGAUUGGGGUUUCUGUGAAACAGCAGUUUACAGAGGAAGAAAUAUACAAAGACAGGGAUAGCCAGAUCACAGCCAUUGAGAAGACUUUUGAGGAUGCGCAAAAAUCGAUCUCUCAGCAUUACAGCAAGCCCCGAGUGACACCUGUGGAGGUCAUGCCUGUCUUCCCAGACUUUAAGAUGUGGAUCAACCCAUGUGCUCAGGUAAUCUUUGACUCAGACCCUGCCCCCAAGGACACAAGUGGUGCAGCUGCAUUGGAGAUGAUGUCUCAGGCCAUGAUCAGAGGUAUGAUGGAUGAGGAAGGGAACCAGUUUGUGGCCUACUUCCUGCCUGUGGAAGAGACAUUAAAGAAACGAAAACGGGACCAGGAGGAGGAGAUGGACUAUGCUCCAGAUGAUGUGUAUGACUAUAAGAUUGCUCGGGAGUACAACUGGAAUGUGAAGAACAAGGCUAGCAAGGGCUAUGAGGAAAACUACUUCUUCAUCUUCCGAGAGGGUGAUGGGGUUUACUACAAUGAACUGGAGACCAGGGUCCGCCUGAGUAAGCGCCGGGCCAAGGCUGGGGUUCAGUCGGGUACCAAUGCUCUGCUUGUGGUUAAACACCGGGAUAUGAAUGAGAAGGAAUUAGAAGCCCAGGAGGCACGUAAGGCCCAGCUGGAGAACCACGAACCCGAGGAGGAAGAGGAAGAGGAGAUGGAGACAGAAGAGAAAGAAGCUGGGGGCUCAGAUGAGGAACGAGAGAAGGGCAGCAGCAGUGAGAAGGAAGGCAGUGAGGACGAGCGCUCAGGCAGUGAGAGUGAACGAGAAGAGGCUGACAGGGAAGAGGCAAGCGACAAGAGCGGCAGUGGCGAGGACGAGAGCAGUGAGGAUGAGGCCCGGGCAGCCAGGGACAAAGAGGAGAUCUUCGGCAGUGAUGCAGAUUCGGAGGACGAUGCUGACUCUGAUGAGGAGGACAGAGGCCGGGCCCGUGUCAGUGACAAUGACUCAGACAGUGGCAGUGAAGGAGGUGGCCAGAGGAGCCGCAGCCAGAGCCGGAGCCGUAGUGCCAGUCCCUUCCCCAGUGGCAGUGAGCACUCAGCCCAAGAGGAUGGCAGUGAAGCCGCAGCUUCUGAUUCCAGUGAAGCCGACAGCGACAGUGACUGAGGUCCAAGGCCUUUGGGCUGGUGCAGCCAGGAUUGGUAUGCACAGGAAGGCACUUUUUGAGUGGUCUAUUUGUGAGCCCUUUGAUUUGUUUGUUUCCCUUCCCUCCUCCAAACCUUUGCUGUUAAUAAAGCCAACUUCUCUUUA